GCGGUGAACCGUCUCCAGAGGGGUAUAAAACCGGAGAAGAAUUUGCUUUGCAGUCAGUCAUUUGUCACAGCCUGCAGCUACCUGCCACAACCCACAAAACCAUGAAGAGUGUCAUCGUAUUAGCCUUCCUCAUAGCAGUGCCCUUUAUAGUGGCAAUGCCACACUUCCCUGCAGAGGAGGGUCAAGAUUCUGAACUGACGCCUGUAUACGUUUUACGAGCGAGGCGCAUGGCGUUCCCUGGAUAUGGCGACGGUGGAUUCGGUGGCGGAUACGGCGGUGGACACCGAGGCCACUUCGGUGGCGUCGGAGGUGGCUACAGUCAGAGUCAAAGCCAGAGUCAGGCAUCCAGCUCCAGUUCUGGUUUCGGAGGACUUGGCUCAAGUCAAUCCAGUGCCAGCGCCAGUUCCAGUUCCAGUUCAUUCGGCCGAUGAUUCUAAGAAUAAUGGAUCUAGAAGUAAGAAUGGAACGUCACUUUCAAGAACAGCAAAACAUCAGUCGAAAAUCGAUUAGUCCCGCCAGAAAAAACAGUCACAAGAAUGACUAACGAAACAACUGAUUCAAUAUACCUCAAGCAAGUUCGUCCUCUGAAACUGUCAACCGUUUUGUAUUUUAGUAAAUAAAAUGCAAAAUGAAAAUUUUA